CAAGUGUGAAAGUUUUGCCGUUCACGGCCCGCUACAACGAAGUUGAAUGGGUGGGUGGGACAGGGGAUAUGGAAAAAGCUGAGUAAUUCAAGGCCAAAAAACUGAGGAAAAGGCCUCGACUUUCACAACUUGUCAAGCAAUAAGUUUUCAUAUACCUUUUAAAAUAGAAAAACACUCCUAUUAGGCAAAUUGAACUUAUCUUAUCAAGAAAGGACAAAAUGGAAAAGGUCAACAUUCAUUUGAUAACUGCUGACGUUAAAACUUAUCUCUAUAUCUAUCGUGAAUUAGAGAUGAUCAUCAUUCGAAUUAAUCUCAAGAAAAGAAAAAAAGACCCUUUUGGUGUGUAUUUUUUUAUUAGUGAAAAUUGGCACUUCGAAUGUCACACAACGAAUGGUGCAAUUUCCCCUACCCUCAUCAGUACAAGAGAGAGAGUGCCAUCCAAUUAGGUUUGGAAAACCUUCUUUAAGUGAACUAAAGAAUGAUAUAGACAUAUUACUUGUCAAUAAAUGGUAAGUUGACAUAAUUAGUUACAAAAUUCAAAGAGUAAACAGAAUAAGUCGCUCAUAAAAUCUAACUCUGUUGUCCCACUCGUAUUAAUUCUGAGUUCUAAAAAAUCUACUUAAAUUUAGAAAUUAGGAGUCUCAUGACGCGCUUUCUUUACGCCAAAUACCGCGCAUGAAAGUUGACUUGGUAUGAAAAACAGAGAGAACCAGCCACCUUAAAUAUUACUACAAUUCAGCAAAGCACACAAGGGUUAUGAUCCCAUGCUACCUUAUGUGUACUUUAUUCCUACGAUUCAUAUUUCAUUACAGCCGUUGGAUGUGAUCCUGAGAACCAUAGUGUGUGAUUAAUUGGACCCCGGUUAGAUUAUUUUUAUGAGAAAGAUUCAAUUACAUGUCCCACGACCAAUAACAAAGAAGCCAAAGGACAGAAAGACGUGGGAAAAAUUCCAAUUGGAAAACAGAGAGAGAAAGACCAACAGUGACUUAGAGGGAGAGAUUAAACCGAGUCAAUUCGGUUUUGAAUUCCAACCGCUCCAACGCAUCAUCUUGAUUCCUCUUUCUUUCACCAAAUCCCACAAUUUUAAAAACCCACUUUUUUUUAAAGCCGUGUGUGAGUGUGUCUCUUACAAUAACCAUCCAUGUCUUGUUUUCUUCCCCACAAAAUCAUCAUUUUUUUGUUGCUUAACUUAACCUCUGAUCCUGGGACACACACCCUCUCUUCAUCUUUGCUUCAAUUCCAAUCAACCCUUCAACCAUAAUAUUUUCAAUUCCUAUUUAUUCCGUUACCAUUUUGUGGCAGUUACAAACAGCCCUGAAACCCCGUGUUCCCCGUGUUCAUCCAAUCCAAUUCAACCCUGCUGAAUUGACGAGCCCCAUCUCCAUCCCCACCUGGUUUUCUCGCAAAGUUUCAAACUUUGGAGAAAUCAAAUCAUGGGGGUUCAAAAAGACAGGGUGAAAUUCAACGUAGGAGGCAGAGUGAUGGAAACGACAGCAACAACACUGGCCAAUGCAGGGCGCAAUUCAAUGUUCGGGGCAAUGUUUGACGAGAAUUGGAACCUGAUAUCUGAUAACGUGAGCGAGAGAUUCAUGGAUCGCAACCCCGAUUGCUUCGCUGUUCUCCUCGAUCUGCUCCGAACCGGGGAACUCUGCAUCCCACCCAGCAUCCCCGAGAAACUCCUCUACAGAGAGGCCCUCUUUUACGGUGUCCUGGACCACGUUAGAGCCGCAAAGUGGGGUCCAUUCGAUGGUAACAGGUUGAGGUUGUCGCGGUCCUUGCAGGGUCAAGCACCGGGUGAUGGAACAGCCAUUCGGGCUGGCCCUGAUGGUGGUUGUUGUGUAGCUCAUGGUAGCAUGGUUCAUGUGUAUGAUUGGAUGUUAGAGGAACACCCUCCUCUCAAUCUUGAUUAUCAACGAGUUAAUGAUGCUGGUUGGGUUGACUCCGACAACAUAGUAAUUGGAGUGAGUGAAAGGCUUGGGAGGGGUGAUGGUGGGAUGGGGUUGUUUAGUUCCCACACGGGGGAACUUAGAUAUAAGUUUCAAGUUAGUCAUGAGAAUCGGGUGAAGAGUUACACUGCUGGUGCUUUGAGUUUUAGUUCGGAUUAUAAGAUAUUUUCUAGCUGUAAGGGAAGAAGUAAUGAGUAUGGGGUUGGUGUUUGGGACCAGGUAACUGGGAGUCAAAUUGAUUUUUUUUAUGAGCCUUUCGGUUGGUCUCUUGGGGAUGCUGAUAAGCUUCAGUGGUUGGAAGGGAGCAACUGUUUGUUGGUUGCUACUAUGUUUCCUAGGAAGGACAACUGUUACAUUAGCCUUUUGGAUUUCAGGGAGAAGAGGAUGGUUUGGUGUUGGUCUGAUGUGGGGGCUCCCUUUGCUGUGGAUGAGAAACGGGUGAGGGAUGCAAUUGCAAUGGAGGACAACAACUCCAUUUGUGUGGUCAAUGAGUUUGAGGAUUUGGGGUUCAUGGAUUUGAGGAGUUCUGGUGCCACAAGCAUUAGGUGGAGCUCAAGAAGUAGGUUGAUGAAUGGGAAGAUGCCAGAGGAACCCUGUUACCCCAAAUUGGCACUGCAUGGAGGCCAGCUUUUUUCCUCCAUGAAUGAUUGCAUUUCAGUGUUUUGUGGCCCUGAAUGGGUUUUGACAUCCAGGCUCAGACGAAGCUAUGGUGGUUCAAUUUGUGACUUUUCCAUUGGAGGGGAUAGGCUUUUCGCCCUUCAUAGUGAGCAGAAUGUGUUUGAUAUAUGGGAGACUCCAACACCACCAAUUCUAUGAUUUAUUUUAUACUGUGGCUUGCUUAGUUUACGGUUACUUAUCUAUAGUUUGCUACAACCGGAAUGCUCCUGCAUUUGAUGCAGUGUUGAGUCUAAAACUUGUAUAUACGAGAUUGAGUAGUUUAUAACUAAAGUCUAAAGGUGUAGUGGAUUGCAGAUCUACAGAUAAAGAUAAUACUAAAUAUGGAUUGCAUAUUUUCUGUUUCCUGUGACUCAGAUUUCAUACAUCACUUCGAUCUCUUGCAGAUUCUAGGUUCGUACCAGCCCCCUGUUUUUCUCUCUCUCCGUUUUUUUUUUUUUUUUGCUAUUUAAAGGACAUAUUCUCUUCCUUACAUUGUUUCGCCUUUUUCUUUCCCAACUAAUAUUGCGGUUUAAAUGUAGUAAAGUCACUUCACUAACCUUAAAAAGACGAAGGGAAUCAUGUGAACUGAAUUCCCUUGGCACGUGAGCAGUUGUAACUGCUAUGCCAUUUGGACUUGCUUUGAAUGGAAUCGCUUCAGCCAGAAGGCGUCACUGGUGGGUGGAGUGGUUUGCGGCUUUUAGGUCACUUUACUUUCCCAAUAAAUGGUACUACAUAAAAUAUCCCUUGAACUCUUUCGGCUGCACCAAAUCCAUCAAAAGCACACAUAAAUCCCAAAGUCUCAAAUUGUUAGAUAUUUGAGAUUAACGGACGAUAACCAACCAGACAAUUUCGUUGUCCAAGUUCCAAAUAUUAAUUUAAUCAAACUCAGGUUGUUUAGCGGGAAAAAAAAGAUGGAUUGGGUUCUCUCGGUCUCCCCACGAGGAAACACUUGUUUGUGUUUAGAAGAUCGUUCCACUUUGAAGUUUGCAAACAGUUAUGGUUGGAUAUGGACUUUUCACUAGACCAGAAGGACACUGUAGACCUAAAUGUC